UGCAUAAUUUGCAGCAAAAAAGAUGAUCUACACCCGACGAAGAGAAACCAUUGAAUGCCCGUCAACAAAAAACUGAUAAAUUCACCAACCCAAAUUGAUAUUUUCAAUUCUAUAAUUAUAUAUAUAUAUAUAUGCACAAACACAUAUAUUAUCCCUUCAUUUAUGAAGCUCAACUCCUGACAGACCCAACAAGCAAAGCUGUAAACUUUGCUCCCCUGUUAUAAUUUUCCUUGUAGCCUUCCCUUCCUUCCUCUCUUCUCCCUCUUCCCUUUGUUUUCUUCUCUGUAAUUGUUGAUUAAGAAAGAAAACAGUUCAUGAAGCUAGAAAACAGUGAAGGGUUUCAUGCUGUGAUGAAUUUUGCUUCUUCCCUUGGCUUAUUGUUUCUUUUGUUUUGUCGGUUUUCAUAAACCUGCAAAGCAAAGACAAGGUUUGUUCACAUUCUCUUCUUGAAACGCUGGGCUCUUCUCAGUCCUCAAAUCAAACCCACCCAUUUUUUAUCCGAACUCCACUGUUCAAAUUUUGAGGGAUUCUUUUGGGUAUUAUAAUUUUUUCUGUAAUGGGUGUUUUGAUAUGGUGGUGGAUUUGGUAAUGGUGUUGCAGAAGUUGGAGUAGGAGUGUGUUAGAUUGAAAUAGUUGGUGGUGGGAUUGGGGGUGGGGUUCUCAACUUUUUGCAGCUUCUAGAGCUUCUUUUUGCAGCUUUUCUCAAAUGGGUUUUCAUUUUUUUGGUUCUGUAUUGAUUCUCUCACUGGUUUUCAAGCAUUUUGCUUGUCAACAACCCAACACAGAUGAGUUCUAUGUCUCUGAGUUUUUGAAGAACAUGAGCUUAAACUCCUCUCAAGCUUACAACUUUUCAGCCCCUUUCUGUUCAUGGCAAGGAUUAUUCUGUGAUGCCAAAAAAGAGCAUGUCAUUGAGUUAAUGGUUUCUGGUUUAGGUCUCUCCGGUUCAAUUCCUGAUACUACCAUUGGCAAACUAAGCAAGGUCCAAUCUUUGGAUCUUAGCAACAACAAAAUCACUGCUUUACCCUCUGAUUUUUGGAGUCUAGGUUCACUAAAAAGUCUCAAUCUUUCUUCCAAUCACUUAUCUGGGUCUCUGCCUAGCAACAUUGGCAACUUUGGCCUGCUCGAAUCCAUCGAUCUCUCUGGUAAUGAUUUCUCUGGAGAAAUCCCUGCAGCUAUAAGCUCUCUUGUGAGCUUAAGAUUUCUUAAGCUCGACAGAAAUGGGUUUCAGUGGAGUAUCCCAUCAGGAAUUCUAAAUUGUCAAUCUUUGGUGUUGAUGGAUCUUUCUUCAAAUAAGCUAAAUGGGUCUUUGCCAGAUGGUUUUGGUGGUGCACUUCCCAAGCUCAAGACUUUGAAUCUUGCAGGAAACAGGAUUUCUGGCCGGGAUGCAGAUUUUGCUGAUAUGAAAUCCAUUACUAGCCUUAACAUUUCAGAUAACUUGUUUCAGGGUUCAGUAAUGGGUGUGUUCCAGGAGAAGUUAGAGGUGAUUGACCUGAGAAGGAACCAAUUUGAGGGUCAUAUUUCUCAGGUACAAUUCAAUUCUACCUAUAAUUGGUCUCGUUUGGUUUAUCUAGACUUGUCUGAGAAUCACCUUAGUGGAGAAAUCUUUCAUAAUUUGAAUUCAGCCCAGAAUCUUAAACACCUUAAUCUUGCAUGCAAUAGAUUUAGCAGACAAGAAUUCCCAAGAAUCCAAGUACUUUCUCGUUUAGAAUAUCUUAAUUUGUCUAGGACUGGUUUGUACGAUCAAAUUCCUAGUGAAAUCUCUCGACUGGGUAAUCUGAAAACACUUGAUCUUUCCAUAAACCAUCUCAAUGGAAGAAUCCCAUUUCUGAAUGUCAAAAACCUCCAAACCCUUGAUGUUUCAAACAACAAUUUGAGUGGAGAAAUCCCAGUUUCUAUCUUACAGAAGCUGCCCUGGAUGGAGAAGUUCAACUUCUCCCACAACAACUUGACCCUCUGUGCUUCAGGAAUCUCUGCUGAAACACUGGAAAAAUCCUUCUUUGGAGCGUUAAAUAGCUGCCCUAUAGCUGCCAACCCUAGUCUCUUUCAGAAAAGAAUCACUAGAGACAAGGGUCUUAAGCUUGCUUUGGCUUUAACUUUCUCAAUGAUCUGUUUGCUCGCGGCUUUGCUAUUUCUAGCAGUUGGUUGUAGACGAAAAUCCAAAAGGUGGGCAGUGAAGCAAACAUCAUAUAAAGAAGAACAAAAUAUCUCUGGCCCUUUCUCAUUCCAAACUGAUUCCACCACAUGGGUGGCUGAUGUCAAACAAGCUGUAUUGGUUCCUGUAGUAAUUUUUGAGAAGCCAUUGCUGAAUAUCACCUUUGCUGACCUCUUAUCUGCAACUUCGAAUUUUGAUCGAGGAACCCUUUUGGCUGAAGGAAAAUUCGGGCCUGUUUACCGAGGAUUUCUGCCUGGUGGAAUUCAUGUGGCUGUAAAAGUUUUGGUCCACGGAUCAACAUUGACAGAACAGGAAGCUGCAAGAGAACUUGAGUACCUAGGCCGGAUCAAACACCCUAAUCUUGUUCCACUUACUGGAUAUUGCUUAGCUGGUGAUCAAAGGAUUGCCAUCUAUGAUUACAUGGAAAAUGGUAACUUGCAGAAUCUGCUUCAUGAUUUGCCACUUGGGGUACAAACAACGGAUGAUUGGAGCACAGAUACAUGGGAAGAAGAUGAAACUAAUGGGAUUCAAAAUGUUGGCUCUGAGGGACUGUUAACAACAUGGAGAUUUAGACACAAGAUAGCUCUGGGAACUGCACGAGCAUUGGCAUUUCUUCACCAUGGCUGCUCACCUCCAAUAAUUCACAGAGAUGUCAAAGCUAGCAGUGUUUAUCUUGAUCUGAAUUUGGAACCUAGAUUAUCCGAUUUUGGGUUGGCUAAGAUUUUUGGAAACGGUUUGGAUGAAGAGAUUGCUCGUGGGUCACCUGGCUAUAUGCCACCAGAGUUUUCUCAGCCCGAGUUUGACUCUCCAACACCAAAAUCGGAUGUCUAUUGCUUUGGUGUAGUUCUAUUUGAGCUAAUUACUGGGAAAAAACCGAUUGGAGAUGAAUACCCAGAGGAGAAAGAUGCAAACUUGGUAAGUUGGGUUAGAGGAUUGGCAAGAAAGAAUCAAAUUUCAAGAGCUAUUGACCCAAAAAUUCGUGACACAGGACCAGAAGGCCAGAUGGAAGAGGCCCUCAAGAUUGGCUACCUAUGCACAGCUGAUCUUCCAUCGAAGCGACCAACUAUGCAACAAAUAGUUGGUCUUCUUAAAGAUAUUGAACCAAAACCUCAUCAAUGAAGAACAUAGCGAAAAUGAUCAAUACAAGUUUCUUUCUCUA